AGUCCAUACUCCAUAGUUCAUUGCUCCAACUUCCAUCUUCAAAAGUUUGAACUUAGUUCUAUAACCUUCCAACUGCAUUAAUUUUUUUUUAGUUUUACAAUAGUUAAUAUAAAAUGAGUUUAAAAUUGUAUUAUGAUUCUAUGUCACCACCCUGUAGGGCUCUAUAUAUUUUGUUAAAAACAUCGAAGUGUAAUUUUGAACCGAAGUUGGUAGACAUGGGAAAAGGACAUCAAUUAAGGCCUGAAUAUGGAGCGAUAAACCGAUUCAAAAAGAUUCCUGCUAUUGAUCACAAUGGCUUUAUUUUAAUGGAAAGUGUUGCCAUAACAAAAUAUCUUGCUAGAGAGAAAAUGAUACCCAAAACUUUAUAUUCAGAAGACAGCAAAGCACAAGCAAGAGUGGAUGAAUAUUUAGCAUGGCAACACGUUGGUUUAAAAUUACCUAGUAUCCUGUUCUUUAUGACUACGUUUAUAAACCCUCUUAUGACUGGAAAAAGUCCGGACCCCAAGCAAGUAGACAGCUACAAACAGAAAGUGAUAAAUGCCUUAGAGGAGAUUGAUAGGCUAUGGCUUGGAUAUAAUAAGUUUGUAACAGGUGACACUAUUAAUGUUGCUGACCUCUUUGCUGCAGUGGACCUAGAACAACUAAAACUACCCGAAUUCAAUUUCGAUCCGGCGGCGGACUUUCCGAACAUAGCAAAAUGGUGGCCUAAAGUUCGGGAGCAUUUUAAUCCGUGUUAUGAAGAAGCACAUGUUGUUUUACAUAAAGUUAUUAAGUCAAAUGCUUCUAAGGUGAACAAAAAUACACAAUGACCUGUUAAAAGAGAUAGAUCGAUUAUAUAUUGAUAUAAUGUAAUAUAUUUUUUUAAUGUUAUAUAUUUUAUUAAAGUUUUUGGGAUUGAA